CGUUUUAGAAGAUCGUAGGCUCGCAGGCAGCCGCGAAAUGUGAUCAUCAAUUAAUCUAAGCUAAAAAAAAACCAGAAAAAGUGACCAAGUCAGAAAACAAAAAAAGGUCAACCCUCAACUUUUCUGGCACCAAGGAUUAUUAGUACAACCCAGUUGAGAGACUUUGAGAGUUGAGACUAUCAUCAUCAUGUUUACCAGGGAUGAACAAACCAUGAAUCAUCUUCUACUUGUACCUCUCUUUUCCUGUGUGAUUCUUCUUGUUUAUUUGGCAUGGAGGAUAUUGAAUUCUGUAUGGUUAACGCCCAAGAGGCUGGAGAAGCUUCUCAGAGCGCAAGGCCUCCGCGGGAAUUCCUACAAGUUCUUGUAUGGAGAUUUCAAGGAGUUGGUUUCAAUGAUGGAAGAAUCUUUAUCCAAACCAAUAAGCCUUUCCGAUGAUAUUGCUCCUCGAGUCUUAGCUUUCUUGAUCAAAACCAUCAACAAGUAUGGUAAGAGUUGCUUUGUGUGGCUUGGCCCAGUUCCUGCAGUAAUAAUCUUAGACCCUGAACAUGUGAAGCAGAUAUUUCACAAGACUGCGCUCUACGGGAAGAACCGUUUCCAUCCACUUGGGAAAUACCUAUUACAAGGACUAGUAGAUGCCGAGGGAGAUAAAUGGUCAAAACAUCGUAAAUUGAUCAACCCUGCUUUCCAUCAAGAGAAGCUCAAGCAAAUGGUGCCAGCUUUUCAUUUAUGUGCCAGUCACAUGUUGAGCAAAUGGGAGGAAAGCAUUUCACAGAAUGAUGGAUCCUGCGAACGCGAUGUUUGGACGGACCUUAAAGUUUUAGCCAGUGAUGCCCUUUCUCGAACUGUAUUUGGAACUAGCAACUAUGAAGAGGGUAGGAGAAUAUUUGAACUUCAAACCGAGCAGACAGAUCUUGUGAUGACAGCGGUGAAAUCAUUCUAUUUCCCCGGAUCAAGGUUUCUGCCAACUAAGAGGUUGAGAAGAAUAAGGGAGAUUGAAAGAGAGAUUUUAACAAUUGUAGGAGGAAUGGUCGAUAAAAGAGUGAAGGCAAUGAAAGCAGGGGAACCCACUAAUGAUGACUUGUUGAACGUAUUAUUGAAAUCUAAUUUAAGCGAGAUUGAAAUCCAAGGUGACCAAAGUUUUGGGAUGAGCAUCGAAGAGGUAAUGCAAGAAUGCAAACUCUUCUAUUUUGCUGGCCAUGAGACCACUUCAACGUUGCUAGUGUGGACACUAGUUUUACUCAGCAAGCAUCAAGAUUGGCAGUCGCGUGCAAGAGAAGAAGUCUUGCGAGUGUUUGGAAGUAAUGAACCAAAUUUUGAGGGCCUCAAUCACCUUAAAAUUCUCACGAUGAUCCUUAACGAGGUUCUCAGAUUGUACCCUCCUCCAGUGUCUUUUGAAAGGAAAGUUAAAAAAGAAACUAAACUCGGAAAUGUGUUGUUGCCAAAGGGUGUUUUAGUAUUGGUGCCAGUUAUGUUACUGCAUCACGACUCAGAAAUAUGGGGUGAUGAUGCGAAAGAGUUCAAUCCAGAGAGAUUUCAGGAAGGAGUUUCCAGUGCAACUAAGGGACAAGUUUCGUUUUUGCCCUUCGGCUGGGGGCCUCGAGUUUGCAUCGGACAGAAUUUUGCUAUGGUGGAAGCAAAAUUGGUGAUGGCAAUGAUUCUGCAACGAUAUUCCUUCCAUCUUUCUCCAUCCUACACUCAUGCUCCUUACACCAUUGUUACUCUGCAACCUCAACAUGGCGCAAACUUAAUUUUGCGUAAAAUCACAUGAACAUGAAUGUUUGGUUCAUGCCUUUGAAGUGAUUAGUGUAUAAUCUCAUAUUCCCUCCUCAAAAUUAUUGUCCAGUUCAUAUUUUUACGUUUGGUAUCGAUUGAACUAAACGUAAAAAUCUAACCUGUACAGUAAUUCUGAGACGGAGGUAAUAAACACAAAUUACUCUUUUGCACCAUUUUGUUGCGCAUCUUGAAUGCCAGUUCGUGCUACUUUUCCGCUUUGUUGAUGCAAAAUAAUCAAUCAUUAUAAAUUCCAAC